AUGGAAGUAGUCCAUGGUGCCUUAGACCAAGGAACUAUACCAAGGUCUCUGCUCAUAAAUAUGAGAUUUCCUGGGUUUAACCAGUACUGGUAUUGUGUCACUUCAGCCACAAUACCACCGCUACCGGCGACCAUGGAUGAUGGAUCUCCGCAUCCACAGUGCACCGAGAUCAGCCCCUACGGCUUAAACAGACUCAGUUCUUCUAUAGAUGGUCAUUGCUAUCAUAAUUACUGUUCCUACUCCAAGAAUGAUACUUCGAGUAGCGGUGAAGAUGAUGAAGAAGAACUAAAGAAGCAUCGUUUAUCAUUAACUAAAAAGAAACAAAUAUUAGCUAGUAGAAAAGAACGGCGUGAGGAUUUAGAAGAAAAACGUAAACAAGCAAUGCAAGAUCAACACGAUGAAAAACGACACGACCUGGCAAGCAACUACUUUAACAUUACACCUAGAAUGGAGCGGAAAUCAAGAAAAUUCAAGACUCAAAGUAAAGUGUACGAGGUCACAUUCAAACCGUAUGACCAGCCAUAUGACUUUACCUACGAACUAUUCAAUGCUAUGGUAGACAAGAUGAAAGAGGAGUGUCAGACCAAGCCUGGAGAUAAAGUUCGAGUCUCUAUUGAUCAUCCCGGUUUGAAACUUGGAAUACACGUCCCAUUUGACAAUGCGUCAGCAGUGACAGGAGAAACUGUACUUCAAGAAAUUGAAAAUGUCAUGCAAAGCAAUGAAGAUUUCAAUAUUCAUGAUGGUCAACUACAUGCUGAAAUUACUCCUAUUCCCAUGCCUGAAGGAUCCGGCAAAGCCAGACGAAAUAUGCAUCAUGGAUCACAUGUCACUAUAGAGAACAUGACUCAACUUAAACGGAGUGUCAUGCAAGUUGACAAUCCUAAUGACAGCAUAUGCUUGGCACGAUCCAUCGAAGUAGGUAUAUGCCAUGCACAAAAAUCAAAUACCGAGGAAUGGAAGAAACGAUGGAACAUGAUACGACAAUCCAAGAAAAGUUUACAGCAGAAGGAAGCUCAGACGCUAUUGGAUAGUGUUGGGAUCGGAUACGACCAGCCGUGCGGAAUAGAGGAGUACCAGAAAAUCCAGACCAAACUCUACCCAGACUACAUUAUCAAGGUUCACACGCAAAAUGUUAAAGGUGAACCUUUGUUUACCCCACCCACCAUGAGGAAAGGGAGUAAAGUCAUACACGUAUACUACCACGGAGGACAUUAUGACACCAUCACUUCGAUCAAGGGAUUUUAUGGACAUAGUUAUUAUUGUGAAUACUGUGACAUUGGCUAUAACAAUCUAGAACAACACAAGUGUAAAAACAUUUGUCAGUGUUAUUCAACGGAAUCUGGCGUACAGGUGGUUUGUAGUGACUGUAGGAUAACUUUUAAAAGUGUUGAAUGUUAUCACAAGCAUAAGCAAAUCACAGGUCACAAAAAGAAAAGUAUUUGUGAAUCCAUAUGGCAAUGUCAGUCUUGUCAUGGUAUUGUUGUAGGUACAAAGAAAAGUCAUGUUUGUUCAGGGUCUAAGAAAUGUAGAUAUUGUAAGGACAUUGUUGGACCUAAUCACGAAUGUCAUAUACCAAACUAUGUUUCGCCUGAAUCUGAAGGUCAUUCAGAUUACAUCUUUUUUUAUUUUGAGAGUCGGUUCGAUACAAGUGGGCACAUAUUUAAUUUUUGUUGUGCUCAACGCUUUUGCGAUGAAUGUAUCCAUAAGGACAUCAUUGAACUGUGCGAUCACUGCGACAGGUUACCUGAACCCAGGGAUAUGUUGUUUAGGGGUGAUAAUACCGGGGCCGAAUUUUGUACUUGGUUAUUUAAACCCACCCACAAAGGCUCCACGGUCAUAGCACACAAUGUUCAAGGGUAUGAUGGUCAGUUUACCUUGCGGUAUAUUGUCAGUCAUACCACAAUCAAACCCGAGGUCAUCAUGAAUGGAAGCAAACUCAUUUCCCUGAAAUGUCAUGGACUGAGAAAGAUUGAUUCCUUGAGCUUUCUCAGUAUGCCAUUGUCAGCUUUUCCCAAAACGUCUGGUCUUACAGAAAUGGUUAAAGGCUAUUUUCCACAUUGGGCCAAAAAAGCUGAAUACCAGAAUUAUGUGGGACAUUACUUAGACUCGGAGUACUAUCAUCCAGGCGGUAUGAAACCAGAAGCCCGUGAAGUCUUUUUGGAAUGGCACCAGGAAAAGGUCAACACACAGUCCAUCUUUGAUUUUCAAAAGGAAAAGUAUUGCCGAUCAGAUGUAGAUCUUUUAAGGAGGGGUUGUAGUGAAUUUCAACAUCAGUUAAUGGCUAGUGACGAUAUCAAUCCUUUUACCGAAUGUGUCACUUUAGCUCAAGUCUGUUAUUGUGCCCACAAAAACACAUUGCCAGAAAAGAGUUUGGGUAUAAUUUCAGAUGCAGGAUAUCCAAACAAGACCCGUUAUUCCAUUAAAGGCGUACGAUGGUUACAGGCCGAGGCAACUAUCAGAGGAAAACCCAUUCGUCAUGCACUGAACGGUGGAGAAGUCCGUAUAGGUCCUUAUUCUGUUGAUGGGUACAAUGCAGAGACCAACACGAUGUAUGAGUUUCUAGGGUGCUGGACUCAUGUGUGUGAAACAUGCUAUCCAAAGCGUGAAGUCAAGAAUCCUUACUCUUUAAAGACCAUGAAUACAUUGUAUGUAGAGACCUUUUCAAGAUUUGAAUGUUGA